AAUAUGGAGUCUUGGACGGCGUCGAGAACGGCAGCUGUGCUCAAGAAGCCCAGCAGUGUGCAGACGAAUCCCGACGGUGGAAGGCACCGCCUCCACCGUUUCCACGCAACCACCAGCAUCGCCACCUAUCGACAAAAUAAGCACGGCAUGGCAGAACACGACGCUCCCUGCAAUCGGCGCCGCAUGCAGUGCGGGUCUUCACCCGGUGCAGCAAAUGGAACAGAUGAAAUUGAACGGCGGAAUGGCGUCGGGGGCCAGCGAUUUCGGCGGCAUCCAAAGUGAAAUCCCCUGCGUGGAUUUCAGACGGCUCGCAGCCAGGGUCAAGAGCAUUUCGCUCAAGUUUAAAGCCCGCGGCGUAGACCUCGACAAGCCAUGCAGCAAGAUUGCGGACAACGCGAGCCACUGCUGGAUCACGUGGUACCUGCCCACACUCAACGAAGCGAUGCGCGACGCUACGAUGCACGUCUUCGAACAUGCUCCCGGCAAGUUAGCUCUGAGCUCGGUUCCAGACGCCAACUUAGAUCACCAGAACCCCGAGAGCACCCUCCUCGAAAGUGUCACGCUAGUGUAUUCGCUGCUGAAAGAGCACCGAUGCAUCACGCGUCUCGAUGUGGGUAACACAGCAGUUUUGUUCUGCUACUUCCCUGUGCUGCUUCGCAAAGCACUGCAGCAGAACAAAGGACUUGAACAGAUCCGAGUUCACCCCCAUGACGUGAGAGGUGUUUGGAGCGAAACGCGCGCUUUGGCUAUCCUGUCGUCCGCCCUGGCUAAGCUGUCUCCGGGACUCGAUGUCCUGGAAGUUAACGAGCUCAUGCCGACUAUCGAGUCGGAAGGAGGUGUCGUUGAAGCGGUUAGGAACGGCAGCUUGCGCCGUCUCGUUAUCAGGAACGGCACGCCGAGCAAAAUUGAGAGGAGAUUGUUCGGCGCCGUCAGGUGUUCUUCCUCCUUGAGUGUGCUCGAAAUCGAGGGCACCCUGAAACUGGCAUUAUCGAGUGCCGUCAUCUUAUCGGAUGCGUUGAGGCAUAACAAAACGCUCCGAAAGCUUUCUGUACAGUGGUUAGAAAGAGACGCGGUUGGAACGCUGCUCCAAUCACUGGAAAGAAACACUACCUUGGAGGAGCUGGCGCUUGUCUACUCGUACGACGAACCUAACUAUAUCCUUUGGGAAGGCUUCGAGGCGCUACGUGUUAACCGUAGCCUUAAGUGCCUGAAGCUCGUGGGUGUUAACUUGAUCAGUAGCUGUGCGCUAAUCAUCGCGGAUAUUCUGAGGGAGAACGACGCGCUUCAGGAAGUCUGCUUGUCCGAGAACAGCAUCACUGAUCUCGGUGCUGGCGGCCUAGCCAAGGCCUUGCAACAAAACUCAACCUUAAAGCGUCUGGACAUCUCUGACUGCACACUGAGUUGUGACUCCUUGUCGAGCUUUGUAGAAUCGCUCUCGCUCAACACCACAGUCGAGUGCGUUCGUCUGGGCGCUGUUGACAUUCCGGAGACUUGGACGCCGAGUUCGCCCCUUACUGCUAACCACUGUGCUCGCCUAGAUGUAACGUGGAACGUGCCUUGUCUCGAAGACUGGGCCGCGUCGCUACGAGAAAGGGAAUACCAUUUUCCUCGACUUUGCGUUGGCUGGAGUGCGGAUACCAAGUUGUCCGGUGUCGUUCACUGGUUCGACGCAUUGCGCGCGGGCGGUGUUUCUCUCACGGAACUUGUCAUCAACUGUCCCCGAGCAGUCUCUCAGGAUUGCGGCGACGCUGUGGUGUCCUUUCUCGAGAGCACUAGUUCUUUGAAGAAGCUUAGCGUGGAUUUGGAGGACCACUCCUACAGCUACGUUGCUGCCAUCAUACGAGGUCUGGCCCGUAACAAAAGCGUCAGCGAGGCGAAAUUUUGCCAGACCUACAUCAUAGACCGUGUGGCCAAAGCGCUUCAAGAGUUAUUACGUAGAAACCGGACCUUGCAACGUCUGGCGUUCAGGGCUUACUAUUUCAGAGGGCAUGCCGUCCCAUCUAUAGCGCGCGCUUUAGAGGACAACUUUAUUCUUCUAUCCUUUGACCUUGACGACCCGCCUCUCAUGAGCUUGUAUCCCAUUUUGAGGAUCACCGACAGGAAUCAAUCGCUUCUCAAUCGGGCCGUCGAAUGCGUGUUGAACUCUUCCGUGGACGAGGAGUCUAUACGGGCCCUGCGCCUUCUCUCCACAAGCGACUCGCUGCUCAAUGCAGUUGCUGACGUUUCGGGCAACGGAAGAGAGGAAUGCAGGAGCCUAGUGCAGGAAUCAGUUCGCCGCCUACAGAGCGCGUUGUAAAAUUAGCGACGUCGAAAGUGCUGUGGUGAGGUUGGGUAGGAUAGCAACUGCCAACUUACUAGCGUGGUUUUUUUGGGGAAACAUACACUCCACCCUGUUGAUAUGUGACUUAUUUUGUAGAGUUCUCUGAAGUUUCUCUGCCCCUCUUUCCCAGUUGAAAAAACAACAAAACACAAAAAAACCCAUGCACGACAUGCGCGUGCGUUUUAACAAAAACGUUUGCCGUGUGCAACGAAAACGGCGCAGGUGCGCCCGAAAGGCGAAGCAUUGAUUCCGAUAGCAAAUUAAUGGACAGCUAUACGAAGUAAGGAUAGUAGUUUUAUCGGCCGUGUAAACUUGUAAACAUAGGCAUACUUACUAACUUAAAGGGACACUAAAGUGAAGAAUGAUUUCUUCUGCAUCAGUAGAUUACCGUUCUACAACACCAAAAACACCACUCUUACAACGAUAAGACGUUUGGUAAGCCAGAAAAAGCGCAAGAACGAAAUACGGAUGGCGACGCCUACUUGAGUUCCCGCCCCUGGGGGCUGUGACGUCUUGGAUUUUGAUGGCAUCUUCUAGGGCCUACUAAUUAUAUAUAGCGUUACAGAUUGACUACAUUGUGUUCUAAAGGAACCAAAUAUUAAACAUGGCAAGUUUCGGGAACCUUUAUUCAGCCAACGCGGCCCAAAUGCGAAAACACACUUUGGAAUCCCUGACGUCACGCUGACGUAACGGUGCUGGGGUUUCAGCGCGAAAUUCAAAUACUGAUACUUGGACCUUCAUUUUCUCAUCUAAUAAUCAAACUAUUUUUAUGAAACGAGUGCCUGCAGGGUUCUCAAGCAAUGCUUCAUUAAUCUAAACUGAUUUAUGGUUUCGCUUUAGUGUCCCUUUAAGAAGCCUGCUGUCAAGUGAGCACAAGCAAACAUGAACACAUCACAUCUAUGACCGCAGAAACUCGCUGUCAAAACGCUAGAGUGAGCAAGCGCGGCAACAGCAGUGAGCUAACUAACCUUCGUGCCGCGUCUCGCAUGAACGCGAAAUAAGCCACGAAAACAGCGCGCGGUGGAGUGGGUCCCCGUCGCAGAUACAGCGAUGGGGACAAGUCCAAGACACAGCGGCCCCUGCGCGCGCGCCGUCAGCGCAGUCCGUAGUAGAACGCGCCCCCCUCCCCUGCGUUUCCCUCUCUCUGGAGGCUUGCGCGCGACGGAAGACGGCGCGCUUCCUCCCCACGUUCCUCCCUUUCGCGCGCGAGAUUGAGCCACGAUCGUCUGCUCACCCUCGCGCGCUUUCACUCGCACAUACAGCAUACGGCGCGCGGCGACGAUUUAUCGCCGUUGGAAUUUAUAGGGAACCACACGGUGACGCCGACGCAGAAACAUGCGCGGACUGUCCAUAUAAUUGCUAUCGCAAUGAAGUCAAGAAAUGCGCUACUGAAUUUGUCUUCACCAUGGUUAGAGGCCGCCUCUUCCACAUGCUUUAAUAUGAGAGCUUUCUCCUCAAACAGUUUCUUAUACCCAAACACGCAGGUUAUCUUUCAAGGAAUGCUUUCUCACAAGAACUUUCUGUCAGCGUGCUACAAUGAAACAGAUGCGAGUAAUUGAACAUUCAUCAUCAUCAGCCUGGUUACGCCCACUGCAGGGCAAAGGCCUCUCCCAUACUUCUCCAACUACCCUGGUCAUGUACUAAUUGUGGCCAUGUUGUCCCUGCAUACUUCUUAAUCUCAUCCGCCCACCUAAUUUUCUGCCGGUUAUCAUGCGUCCUCAUUACAUGUCCUGCCCAUGCCCCAUUUCUUUUUCUUGAUUUCAACUAAGAUGUCAUUAGCUCGCGUUUGUUCCCUCGCCCAAUCUGCUCUUUUCUUUUUCCUUAACGUUACAGCUAUCAUUCUUCUUCCCAUAGCUCUUUGCGUCGUCCUCAAUAUAUAUGACUAUGUGACACACACACAAACACACACACGCACGCACGU